CUUAGAUGUGACAGACAGUAGGCUGGGCUGGUAUCCGCUCAGUUUAGCUCCAUUCGGAUCCACUCGGCUUUUCUCGGCUAUACUCGUAAAAAGCCUCCGCCCUGCCACCCUGGCUUUAUAACGCUAAGGCUAACACAUUUAUAUCUUAUUUUAAUACCUUUUCUUACGCCUUAGCAUACAUAUUACUGGCUUCAAUUGUUUUAUACUUUAGUAAAUUAAAGGUAAUUAUAAUGAAUGCACACCCAUAAUUGAUUAAUUGGCUCAUGCACUUCCUUUAAAAGGCUUGCAGGAGGAAACCUUCACAGAUCUUCACAGGGCAGACAUUUUUUUUUUAGUUAUGAGCGCCAUUAUACCAGAUUUGCAUUUAAAAUAUGCAGCAAAGACUUGGAAAGAGACUUUUCAGCUGGUCAGAAGAUGCAUGGACAAAUCCAGAAAUGACUCCAACCCCUGUGAGCCGCUUAUUAGGUCCCUGGAAAGGCUGCAAGAAGUCCUUAAAGUGUCCUCUAUGAAUGCCAUGCGGUCUCGUUUGGAGGUGAUGGCCAAACAACACGGGAUGGGCUUCCACUUUACUGAGGCCACCUGCUAUCUGACGGCUGACCUGUUCUACCUGGAGGUGGCGCUGCUGCCGUGUGGCGGGGUGGAGGAGGUCAAGGUGGCGCCACAUGGGGCGUCCCCUCUUAGUAGUGAGGCCCUGCUUCAGCUGCUGAGGUCAAAACAUUUUGCAGAGUUCUCCGCCAAAUUGAAGGACCUCUUCACCCAGUACAACAUCCCCGGAGACAACGAUGUCAAAUUCAAACUAUUUACCGCUCUGCAACACCUAGCCAAAGACUUGCAAGAAAUGUCUAAUUUGCCAAGGCUAGCAAGCGAUGAUGGCCGCUGCCAGAUGGAUGCAGUAAACAGCACCAUGCUGGGCUGUUUAAUAGCUGGAAAAGAUUGCCCUUUGACCCUCCAGUUCUACUCCGCCCCAAUGGAUGACACGACUACAAAUAUGGAACUAGCCCUGCAGGAAGCCCAGGUAGCUGUGAGCUCGAGUCAUGUGACCCACAAGCUUCAGAUGGCAUCAGUGCUUCCGCUGCCGCUACAACUGGACACACAAGGCUUCCCUGUCUUCACUCCGCUGAGUGAUGUCCCACAUGAGGAAUUCCAUGCCUGCUUUGUGCUCAAACUGCAGCCAGUCAUACCCCUGAUGAUGCCUUUUGUUCACAAGAUAAGCAGAAUUACAGAAAUUGCAGUACCAGAUGUUGAGCUACAGUGGGCGCCAUUUCUCCAACUUCUUGCAGACAGCAAAGAGCAGGACUACAUUUUCACUGUGCAUCUUCCGUGUGAGGCCAUGCACACGUAUGUUUUCCCUGUGGAGGCGUGGGAGUCUGCUACCCAAAGUGGGGCUGUGAUGGACAGCAUUUCCUUCACCCAUCCUGUCCAAAUCCCAAGGCUGGUGGAGGUGCUGCGGCAUCAGUGUGUUAUCAACAAUCUGUUGCGGAGCAGCAUAUCCAAAGGGUCAGGUAUCGGAAUCGUUUCACUUUGUGAGCAACAUUUUGAGAUCCGCCAAGAGGCUGACACUAGUUUCUCUGUGACUUUCCGUCGACCUGACAUGGAUUCUCUUGCAGUUUUGUUGGUGGACAUACCCAAUUCUCACCAAAUUCUAUGCAGAGUAUUUGGAGCAGGGAUAGAGUCCUCCUCCCUGGAUGAGCACGUGUCUGAUGUCAUGAAGAGAUGCAUGUCCAUCCCUCCGACGCUGCAAGCUUUGUACAAAAAACUGGAAGAUGCUGCAUCUCCUGACCACACCCCUGAAAUGGCUGAAAAAGGGCCUUCGACUCCCACGGAAGACUCACCCGCCACUUCUGUGCCGGAUUGCCCCAAAAUUAACUCAAGUCCCACUACAGUCAGUCAUCAACCUGUUGCUCCUGUGGGUGUUGAACAUGUUUAGUUUUAUUACAAAACCUGCACUUUAUAAUGAAUAAAUUGUCACUAAAGCCAAGAAUAUGCAGUUGUUCCUCCUGUGCAUCAUUUGCAA